GAAUGAUAAAUAAGAUAAACCUAGAUAGAAAAAAGAGAGGCCUAAUCUGAAGCGCACUAAUAAAAAGCAGCAUCCCGUUCCGUUAUCGACUCACGGCAACGUUAAUUGUUGGCCCUGAAAAGUCACAACAUCUGCCAACAAAGCCGGCGCCAAAAGGCAAACUGUGGCGGAACACACAGCUUCCCCACCACCGACGCGGCCGUUGCACGCUACUUCUUAUGCGUUAUGCGCCCCUCCUUUUCCAUUUUAAUGACAAUACCAAGGCCCUCGUUACCUGCAACCAUACCCCACUUAACACCCCACAUUUACUUCUCCACUCUUAUUAUUCUCUCUAGUAGAGAGAGAAAUUAAAAAAUUCUAGUGAGAGAAAGAGUCCCCCACUCCUCGUAAAAGGAAAGUAACGUAAUCGACGCUUUCACGAGAUUCGUACUUUCCCACAACACAGUGAGAGAAAUAUAUAUAGACAGAGAGUAACUAGAAAGCAAAGUUAGCUUUAGCUUACGCCGUUUCUAGAAUAUAUAUAUACACGUACACUGUAUAGAAGAUCCUAGAGAGAGAGAGAAUUGAUCAUCUACAUUCCGUGUGUAUGAGGCAUUCAUUCUCUGUAAGAUUCACGAUAUAAUUCAGAAUUGAAGAACUGGAUUGUUUUGGCAAAAUCACGGUAUAAUCGGAUUUGAUAAGCAUAAUGCCAGAAAUUGUUGGAGUACAUGAUCACGAACGAACGAAGAGAUAUUAUUUUGAGCCAUCUGAGGACGAGAAAAGAAGAACUCGGAUCAGAUCUUUGAAGAAAAGGGCAAUGAAUGCUUCCACAAAGCUAACGCAUUCCCUCAAAAGACGUACUAGUAAACGAGUCGCUCAUUGCCGAUUUGCUUCUAUUUCCACUGAAGAUUUUCGAGACGAGAAGGAAGAGGAGGCUGUGAAUUCAUUUCGCCACGCCUUGUUGGAAAAGGAUCUCCUUCCCACUCGUCAUGAUGAUUAUCAUACUAUGUUGAGGUUCUUAAAAGCAAGGAAAUUUGACCUUGAUAAGGCCAUGCUAAUGUGGUCUGAAAUGCUCAACUGGAGGAAAGAACAAGGAGUAGACACUAUUAUACAGGAUUUUCAGUAUGAGGAAUAUGAGGAAGUUCAGCGUCAUUACCCUCACGGUUACCAUGGUGUAGACAAAGGGGGACGGCCUGUCUAUAUUGAAAGACUUGGCAAGAUUGAACCUACUAAACUUAUGAAUGUUACCACUAUAGAAAGGUUCUUGAAAUAUCACAUCCAAGGGUUUGAAAGGACUUUUGCUGAAAAAUUUCCAGCAUGUUCGAUUGCAGCUAGGAGGCAUAUAGAUUCAUCUACUACAAUUUUGGAUGUACAAGGACUGAAUUGGAGGAGUUUUGGGAAGCUUGCCCAUGAUUUGGUCAUGCGCAUGCAGAAAAUAGAUGGCGACAACUACCCAGAGACAUUGCACCAGAUGUUCAUUGUCAAUGCUGGAAAUGGAUUCAGAUUUCUUUGGAAUACUGCAAAAGGAUUUCUUGAUCCAAGGACAACAACGAAGAUACAUGUAUUGGGAAACAAAUUCCAGAGCAACUUAGCAGAAGUCGUAGACCCCAGCCAAUUGCCAGAUUUUCUUGGAGGAACCUGCUCAUGCCCAAAUCCAGGUGGGUGUCUUAGGUCUAACAAAGGACCCUGGAAUGAUCCAGAACUGAUGAAGCUGGUCCUUGCAUUACACGGUGAAGCACUUUAUCCCAGGAGAAUUACUAGCUUCUCUGAUAGUGAUAUCGAAAUCAAACCUGUUUCGCCUCAGUUAUUACGCGACGAGAUUGGGUCUGCAGAAACUGAAAUGGAAGUGGGGGUCUCUGCUUACAGUAUCAUCCAAUCAAAACCACUUUCUGACAAAGAACCGACCAGGAGAUCUGUUUCAUUCGGCAAUUUCAUUCAAGAAGAUCAUGGGCCGAUGCCUACAGCUGAGGAUUUAAGUUCUCCAAAUAGGGCUACUGUAGCACUACAGCGAAGGUCGCCUGAGAAAUCUAUCGUUGGCUUGAUGAUUGAUAUGAUGGUCAAAUCACUUGCAUGGAUAUAUUUCUUGUUUCGUGGGGUGGGUAGGUUAUUUGUGAAGAACAAUGACGCAAACAGAUUUGGAAGUGGGCAGAGAUUAGUGAGUGCAAGUUCUGCCGAGCAAAUUGUUUCUUCCCCAAAAAAGGAAGAUCUCCUCCAUCCAUGCUGUCAGAGGUUGCAACAUUUAGAGGAGGUGGUGGCUGAUUUGUUGAAGAAACCUACAAAAAUUCCUCCUGAAAAAGACCUUAUGCUGCUCGAUUCAAUGGACCGAAUAAAGUUCAUAGAGUAUGACUUGCAAAGGACGAAGAAGGCACUUCUUGCAACAGCAUCACAACAAGUAGAGCUUGCUGAAUCAUUGGAAUCUUUGAAGGAGAACAAGUUUAAAGCGACAAACUCAUGUUGGCUAAGAGGCAAGCCUUCUCAAUACAGAACUUGAUUUGGGUGGAAACGGCAGUGAUGCAGUUAAGCUUUAGACUUGUCAACAAUUUGGAUUGGACCCCUCAUAUAUACUUGAGAGAUGGAGCUUUGCAGGCUAUUGAGUUGGGGGUCAAGUUAGCUUGCUAGAGUGUUGCACUCUGCCUCAUUUUUCUUUAGAGGCGGGAGUGUGAUGUUAUAGUAGGAUUACACAUUCAUAUUUGUACAUAAUUGAUGCGUGAGCAACUAGUUCUGAACAUCACUCAUAUAUUUGCUGUACAGGACAAGGACAGAUUUAAUGCAUAGCUAACAGAUUCGUUAUCUCAGAUUCUGAGACUUUACUUGAGCCAAUUGUUGAACGAUACUUUUAAAGUAAUAAUUGGAUAUUUGUGCGUGCUCUUCGUGAA